AUGGACAAAUUAAAUGAUGGAAAUAAGUCAUGCCCCGAAAAAACUAAAUGGAAAAGCAGUAUAGAUGAAUCUGAAAUAGCCUAUAGAACUGUAGAGUUUGGCUCAGACCCUCACGUCUUCGACUCCAAAACCGUUAAUAUUUUUUUGACUAGCGUUAUUUUGACUAUUUUGGGGAAAACAACCAGUGAUCUUGAAAAACAACAAUUAAUAGAAGAGGUCGUCGAAUCUGAUUAUUCAUAUUUAAAGUUUUCUGCUGAAUCAACUCCCAACUUGGAAAAUGUGAAUCAAAUAAAUAAAAUUUUCUGUGUAACUUUUACUUCAAAUUUAUUUCCACUCAUUUGCUUGAAAUUGGAUGGCCUUGCUAUUACUUCACAGAAUAUCAAAUUAUUAUGUAGAAGACCAGUUAAAUACUCUCAUCUGAAUAGUGAUGAGACUUUGAAAAGAUUUAUUAUUCCAAGAAUCAAACAAUACAACAGUUCCAAAGAGAACGAAAAAUGUAUAUUAAAAAAUCUACCUACUGAUAUUGACGAAGAUAAAAUCAGGCAACAACUAGAAAAUAUUGGGAAACUGAAGUCUUUAACAAUAAUAUAUGAUCCAAUUACAGGAAUUCCAAAAGGUGUUGGAAGCUUUGAAUUUGAAGAAGGUUCUCUUUGUAAAAAGGCAAUUUCUACGCUUCACGGAAAGCCAAUCGAAUCAACCAAAAAUGGAAUUUGGAAUAUCCAUCUUGGAAGUGGCAUCAUAUCCAAAUCCAACUCAAAUAGUAGUCAAUUCAAUUCAUCUAACUUUUCUGUUAAUUCGAGUGUAAUCCAAAAUAGUGAAUAUUUACAUAUUUCAGAAAUCCCUACUAGUAUGACUUAUAAUGUUUUUAGCAAUUCAGUAGUUGGCUUAAUGAUGAAGUACUCGAAGCAAAUUGGGGAGACACCUAGCCAAAUAAUUCAACUACUCAAUAUUUUCCUUCCUGAAGAACUAAUAGAUGAUGAAAUAUACAAUUCUACUUUGGACUCAAUUAGAUCUGAAGCAGAAAUAUAUGGAACCAUUCUUGAAAUAUUUUGUCCACGUCCUAAAGUUAUUGAGGAAUUUCAUAAUUGUAGUGGAGCUGGUAAGGUUUUUAUAUAUUUCUCAGAUAUUACUGCUGCAAGACGUGCGCAAUACCAAUUUAAUGGAAGAGUGUUCGACAAUAUUAAAACUGUUUCUGCUACGUUUUAUCCACUUGAAAAGUAUUUAAAACAUGAAUAUAAUAUCAUUUCUUAUUAUUACGAAUGCCAAAAAUUGUCUUAA